GAACACUGCUUUGUUCAAGGGGGAGGGGGGGGGACAAAUGAGCACAGUUUGCCUGCUAUAAUCGGUGAAUACAAUCUGCCAGGGCGGGCAAUCCCCGGUUUAUCUCUGUCUAGCUGUGUUGUAACGUAUCUUUCACAUAUUUGUCUUUCCUGGAGGAUUUCUAUCAAGGGAUGUCAAAGCGAGUACGAAGCAGAGAGGUCUGCGCUGAUUGCAGUGCUCCGGAGCCACGCUGGGCCUCUGUUAACAGGGGUGUGUUGAUCUGCGAUGAGUGCUGCAGCAUCCAUCGAGGUCUGGGGCGACACAGCUCUCAAGUCCGACAUCUGACUCAUUGUCCAUGGCCACCCUCCCAGUUACAGAUGGUCCAGACACUAUAUGGCAAUGGAGCCAAUUCCAUAUGGGAGCAUAGCCUCCUGGACCCUUCCUCUUCAGUAAGUGGGAAGCGCAAAGCCAACCCCCAGGACAGAGUUCAUCCCAACAAGACAGAGUUCAUCAAGGCCAAAUACCAGAUGUUGGUGUAUGUCCAUCGGAUGCCUUGUCGGGAGGAUGACAGUGUAACAGCAAAAGACCUCAGCAAGCAACUCCACUCCAGUGUCCGGACUGGAAACCUUGAGACCUGCCUAAGACUCCUAUCUUUGGGAGCACAGGCCAACUUUUUUCAUCCAGAGAAAGGAAACACCCCACUACACAUAGCAGCAAAAGCAGGACAAAUGUUACAAGCAGAACUGUUGGCAGUUUAUGGAGCUGAUCCCGGGGCUCUGGAUUCCAGUGGAAAGACCCCUAUCGAUUAUGCAAGACAAGCAGGGCAUCAGGAGCUGGCAGAGAGGCUAGUGGAGAUACAGUAUGAACUCACUGACCGGUUAACAUUUUACCUUUGUGGAAGAAGACCAGAUCACAGAAACGGGCAGCACUUCAUCAUUCCACAGAUGGCAGACAGGAAUAACAGCCUGGAUUUGUCAGAGUUUGCGAAAGCGGCAAAGAAGAAGCUCCAGUCGCUAAGUAACCAUCAGUUCGAAGAACUUGCCAUGGAUGUUUAUGAUGAAGUUGACAGAAGAGAAACAGAUGCAGUGUGGCUGGCCACUCAGAACCACAGCACACUUGUAACGGACACCACAGUUGUGCCUUUUCUGCCGGUCAAUCCAGAGUACUCAUCUACCAGAAACCAGGGUCGUCAAAAAUUGGCAAGGUUUAGUGCUAAUGAAUUUGCCACCCUGGUUAUUGAUAUUCUAACUGAUGCUAAACGACGACAGUGGGGAAAUUCCUGCGACAGUCCCAAAGAGAAUGUAGAGCUGAUCCUUCAGGGAAUAGACAGUCGCCAUAACAGUGAGAGCCAGGACACUGACCAGCCCGAUUACGACAGUGUGGCAUCAGAUGAAGAUCCAGUGUUAGAGGCAACUUGUGGGGACAGCUGCAAUGAUGGAAGGACCAAGAGCUCGGAGUCCUCUGACCUCUCUGAUGGACCAAUCACAGUACAGGAAUUUAUGGAGGUGAAGAGUGCCCUAACUGCAUCGGAAGCCAAAAUACAACAGCUUCUUAAAGUCAACUGUCACCUCAGUGAAGAGCUGCGUAGCAUGCAGAGCAAGCUCAACUCCCUGCAGACUGAGAACACAACACUGCGAUGGCAAGCCCCCAGCGGACAACAACACCAGCAGGGGCCCUUUGGUCGAAACCCACCCCGCGGAGGUCGCGCUAUGUCCAUGUAUGAGACGGGCUCUUCUCCGAGGCAGUACCCCCACCGGGAGGAAACAGCACGGCAUGAGGAUGGAGUCAUUUUACAACCCUUCCCAACCAACAUUGGGAGGGGUCCUUUGGGGACGGCUGCUUCCUCCCUCCCUACCUUCCCCUCUUCCCUGUCCUGGUCGUGGGAUGAGCGAUCUCGAAGGGGCUGCAGUCUGGAAGGACCAAGUAUCAUGCUGGAGAAUGAUUAUGACUCUACGCCCAACCACUCUGAACUGGGGGAGACUGGCAGCCCUCUUCUAGCCUCUGAAUCAGUGGAGCCAGGGGAGGAGGGGGGGGAGGAUGCCACCCUGCCAUGCACAGAGGACGUCAUCUGUAAGACAGAGCAGAUCACCAAGAACAUACAGGAGCUUCUGAGAGCAGCCCAGGAGACCAAACAUGAAAGCUUCCUGCCUUGUUCAGAAAAGAUCUGCAUGGCCGUGACAGAGAUGGCCGCCCUGUUUCCCAAGAGGCCGUCCUCGGAGACUGUGCGCGGGUCUCUGUGUCUGCUCACUUCAAGUGCCAGUCGGCUCCAUGGAGAGUGCCAGAAGGCCGUAGAGCUCAACCCCUGCCCGUCCGACAUCCAGCUGGUCACUCAGCAGGUCAUCCAGUGCGCCUAUGACAUUGCCAAAGCUGCCAAGCAACUUGUCACUGUGACAACCAAAGAAAACAACAACUAACUAAAACCCCAAAACAUUUCUGGUGCACCCUAAAAAGUUCAUAGUUCACCUCCCCACCCCCAUUUAUCAGUAUAAGUGAUCAAUCAAAACAUUAUUUAAUUUGGUUGUUUUUGUAUCAAACAACAGUUAUUAAGAGUAAACAAACCUCUUUAAAACUGUAGCGCAGAAUCUGUAACAAUCCCUUACCUCACUGCUUAAUUCACACAAAAUCCCAAAGUGCAAUAGUGUGUGUGUGUGUGUGUGUGUGUGUGUGUGUGUGUGUGUGUGUGUGUGUGUGUGUGUGUGUGUGUGUGUGUGUGUGUGUGUGUGUGUGUGUGUGUGUGUGUGUGUGUGUGUGUGUGUGUGUGUGUGUGUGUGUGUGUGUGUGUGUGUGUGUGUGUGUGUGUGUGUGUGUGUGUGUGUGUGUGUGUGUGUGUGUGUGUGUGUGUGUGUGUGUGUGUGUGUGUGUGUAUCAAGCAGUUAAGAAAAACUAGCAGCCUUCCUCGUGGUAGUUUUCCACAUAGAGGUCAUCAUUUGUGCUCCUUGAGGUCAGCUGUCUGGCGUGGUUGAGCUGCCAGAGGGGACAAAAGUCUGCAAGACACCUGGCAUCAAGGAUCAGAAGAGAUUAACCUUAAGCUACACCACUGUCGUCAUCUUAUUUUGCUAUAGCCAUUGUAAAUGUCAACAGGAUGCGAUGCCAGUAUUUUAAUCUUGAACCAUUGUGAUGCCACUUGCUUAGAGUUCAAAUGUUUGUUUAGUAAGCAAACCUGUGAUUAUAAAAGUAGCUUCAGUGCAUUGAGCACCACGUAAGGCCAGCAGUACCAAGAGUGUGCGGACCUUCAUUCCAUCCAGCCGUUCCAGCAGGUGAUUUCAGUAAACUAUUCAGUUAAUUAUCAGUAAUUUUUGGAGUUAUGUGACAGUCAUACCAAUUUGUGUGUGUGUGUCUGUGUGUACCCAGUAGUCACAGAGAUGGCCUCAAUGGCCUGUGUGGAAUCCAUUUUGAAUCCAUUUUAAGAGCAUAAUGCAAAUAUAUAAGAUAUAUGUAUCCAUGUAAUUCUUUAUCAAAAUAACCCAAAUGCUAUUCUAUUUAUAAAUGGUAUGUCAUACCUCUAAGAAAAUAUCAAUGAUUAUUUUCAUAAGCUUUUGUUUAACAAGAUGCUCCUCGCAGACUAACUUUUGUUCCGAGGUUUGGGAUGUCUCAGCUGGCAGUAACGUGGGCACCUUGGGAUCUCUGUUUACUCGGUGUGAUGCUGUAACUCCAGUGUGUUAGAUGCUACCUGUGGUCACAUACGUCCAGCUAUGGUUUACAGUCACUGGUAAAGUAGAAAUGUGCCCUCAAAGUUUGGGUGUGUGUUAUAGAACUUGGGUCUUAUGUGUCACUGUGUGAGAUCAGUUUCAACCAGGGGUGGAAAGAGAACAAGAAUACACUGCAUAAGUGGAAUACAGUUAAUUCUAUAUUAUUCAAGUAGAAGUAAGAAAACGUUCUCAGAUGGUUGAUAAGAAGGGAAAGAGGUUCAUGUGAACAUGUGAAUUGUUUUUAUAAUUGUGUUGUGUUAGGAUACCCUGAAGAGACAAUUUGGGUGAUUACUCACCAAUUACUUUAAUUCUCCUUUUUUGCACUGAUGUUAAUGCAAAGCUUUUGAACGUUUUAGUAGAGCCAUUAUUCUUCAACAUCUAUCUAAAGUUUGCUAACAUGAGCCAGCAGUGGUCAUACUAGACCAGUCCAUACAGACUUUGGCCAAACCCCUAUCUGUGAUUAAUCGCGCAAUUGUGUAUUUAGUUUAUUGCGUAUGAGUUACACUUUUCAUUUAAUAAAAAAAUAAUGUUAUUUCUUCUUUCAAACGUUGCAUAGUCUCGCUUUAAAUCUUUUAUUUCGGACCAAAUCUCUAAAAUGAAAGUCAAAUUACAGAUUUUAAAAAUUCUUGUUAAUUAAGUGAACGAACGAGCUUAGUAAUAAAACUGCGUGUUUUCACUUACUUUCCACCCCUGGUUUUAGCCCUGACAUUUAAUCCCAUGUACCCUACCCCAGCGCUUUACUACAUCUGUGGUUGAAAACAACCCCUGCCCUAGGUUUAAUAAAGUAUAAUUCAUACCUCAA